AUGCCUUCUCGCCCCUCGAACUCCUCUGCUGGUCGGACUCAACCUGCGAGGAAGUCAGCGAAGAAUGCGGUCACGGGCGGAGGGACAUCGGUUGUUGAUCUUGAGAGUCAGCGAGCAGCGACAGUGCAUAACAACCACUUUGCUGCAGGAACAAAUAAGACGUAUAGCGACAAUGUCAGGCGCAUGGUUGAGUGGUGCGAGUUCCAACUUCUAAAGGGCACGUUGCCAGAUGACCUUCCGUCGCAGUCCGUUCGACAGGCCUUCCGCGCCGCGCCCGACGAACACAGCCCUCGAGUCCUUGUAGCCUUUCUCACCGGCUUGCACAUACAAGGAUACGUACCAAACACGCUCUACUCCUACGUCGGAGCUGCACGCAAGUUCUGGCAGGAGAUCGAUCCUGACGUGUAUAAAGGCGACCGGUUCUACUUCUGCGACCGCACUGGGCGCUGGGAGGGCGACCCGACGCAAACGGCCCUAGUCCAGCAGUUCAUGCAAUCGUGUGUCCACGAAUUCAAAUCCUCGGGCGCUUCCGACCUCCGUAAACACUCGGCGGCGAUGAAGUACGAGUGGAUGCAAGACAUGUUCUCCUGGUCCGAGCACGAGGUCCCCACGCCAGCAGACUACGCACGAGCGCCGAGUGUGUGGACAGAUCCUGCUCUCUAUCUUACCACCACGAAGCAUCUGCUCAUUCGCGCGUUCCUGUCAGUUGGGUUCACGUUGUGGCUAAGGAAUUUCGAGACACUCAAGCUGAAGCGCAAGGACAUAACUCUCGUCUCUGGCCACAAUGGCGAACCCGACUACAUACGCAUCAAGAUCACCGACCGCAAGGGCUGGACUCGGAGGAAUGGGGGAGGUGACUGGGAUAACGAGGAUCUCGCACCAAAUACGUACCACCUUUAUGACCGCCCUGACAUGCCCGCGGCGAAUGUCUGGAAACACCUGCAGAUCUGGCUGCUGUGGCUCGAGUCUCGCUAUUACGGCGGGAGGGAAAUGGGCGCCGAAGACUAUGUCUUUCCCAGCUUCAGCCCAAACGGCGUCAUUCAGCGCGAUACGGCAAUGUCGCAUGACCACUUCCAGGGUCUAUUGGAUGCCUUUGUGGACGCCUCUGGUGUGGGCAUGAAGCUGUGCGGCAAGCGGCUCACAACCCAUUGCCUGCGUCGCGGCGGUGCACAAUAUUUCUUCACGUUCGCACCGGCAGGUGCGCGGUGGACGCUCGCACGCGUCCGUUGGUGGGGCGGAUGGGCGCCCGGCGAAGAUAAAAAUACGCUCUUGAAAUACUUACUGGACGAGCUGUCGACGUAUGAGGACUCCCACGCGGAUGCUCUGCGACCUGCUGUCCAAGCUCUGCUUGAACCACCAGAUGCCGAGCCGGCAUGGGACGACAUGCACGCCACUGGCGACAAGUUCGGCGCAUUUGCUGACAGCCAGCUUCGCGUUCUCACCCGCGCAUUCACGGACCUCAGGGUCGAUCUCACACGGCAGCUGUUCGCGCAGACGAACCAGAUCGGCCAGAUGCUGGUCGCUGGGUUCGAUGCGAUGCAGGCACCUCUUCAGGCAGUCUCGCACACUCAGUACAUGUUUUCGCCUCUGCCUGCCCCUGGCAUCGCGCCUACGUCCACGCCCGAUCACAGGGCACAGGUGUAUUGUCCGCCCUCUGGGUUCCCACCUUCCAUUCCUGGCGAUGAGCGCCAGAACCCGUCUUACCAGGUCCGUAUGCGGCUCGAACCGCCACCUGUCGCCCCGAUAUCGCCACUAGCGUGGUCACCUGCUGCGGGCCAGCCAUUUGUGGAGGUAGAUGCUCCAAUGGGACCUCAAAGGUCGCUUGUUCCGUUCAGUGCGGGUGCGCGUCUCCCAUCUGGAGACAUGGCCGUGCGCUCACAGCGCCCGCGCCACCAUAUACAAGCGCCGGUACGCCCACCGCUCGUGACACGGAUGUCUGCGCAUUCAGUAGCCGCGCCGACAGAUCUCGCGAUAUUGAACGUACCGUAUACUGGUACGGCGAAGCGCGACUCGUGGAGGAAUAUCGUCGAGCAGUAUGAUGUCGGCCGGCCUCAACACGGGAUGCCGGCGCUUAAGGACUGGCCGAAGGAUUGGUUGAGGGGCGAGAAGCGCAAGAAGUACGCAGUACUUUACCGUCAGCGGCUUCGGAUUGCGGAGGAGUUCAUUAUAGUAUUUGCCCGCGACGAGGCGAGGUUUCUUGCUGCUUAUCCCGAGCAUAUAAACGGGCAUAGCACCCUCCUUGAAGCUAUCACUGCGAAGAUGAAGCUUGACGGCCGUGUACAGUCGCGUUCGAGCAAAAACGGCACACCCGAGGCCCGCACCAGGCGCAAUGCAGGGUGA